UCCAUAAAUAAACAAGAUAUAAGAAUAAAGAACUUGGAAAACAAAAACAACGAUCAGCAAAAUCGAAAUAAACAUGUUGAGCUACAAGUUACGGCAAUCGAACAAGAAAUACGUGAAAUGGAGCAGCGUGCACUCUCUUGCUCAUUGGAAAUUUCUGGUGUUACUUCAGAUAUAAAAUCUAACAAGAUAGCCAUAGCCCAAGAGAUAGCAAAGAAACUCCAACCUCAUAGUGUGUGCUCAGCGGCUACCGGCUCGUAAAGAUAAACCAGCCAAUAUCAUGGUGGAGAUGAGAUCUAAAGAUGUUCGCGACCAAUGGAUUGGAGGCAGGCAGGAAGGCGGAACUUACCCUAAGUAUCUUUGGAGAAGAUGUACCAAAAGAGAAAACAGAAAUGAAGAUCUUCGUCCGCGAAGCCCUUACAUCUUACAUGAAGACACUAUAUUACAACGCCAGGAAUACUCAUAAGGAUUCAUAUAAAUAUAUAUGGUGUAAAAAUGGACUUAUCUUUUGCCGCAAAACGGAAGACAGUAAAGUGGUUACCAUUCGAUCUACACAGGAUAUAAACAGACUUACUAAGUAGAUAAGUAAUAUGUUGAGAUUUCUUUAUUUUUCCCCUUGAACACUUAAUUAACCAAUAUUGUAUUUUUGUUUUUUGUUUUAAAUGGAUUUUGAUAUAACUAAGCCAAUAUAUCCUAAUUGUACUAAUAUAAAUUCAUUCACUAAGCAAAUAUCUAAGAAUGUCCAUCUCUUGUGUUUACAUAUUAACAUUAGAUCGUUGAUAAAGAAUUUUACAAAAUUAUUGCAAAUCAUAGAUUCAAGUACCCAUCCUUUAGAUGUGAUUGCUGUUUCGGAGGUUGGAAUUUCAGACAGUAUAAGUAGUUUAUUUCACAUUCCCGAUUAUGCUAUGUACUCUCAGUUAAGAAAUAAUAGAAAGGGGGGUGGCAUUAUCCUUUAUGUUAAAAAAUACCUUUACCCAAAAAAAAAUUCAAACACAUACUUUUGAAAGUCUUAUUGGCACAAUUAAAACUUCAACAAAUAUUACCGUCGACAUUUGUAUUAUAUAUAGACCUCCCGCUACUAGCAUUACUUUAUUUAUCUCAGAACUAAACCAACUCAUUAAAAAAAUGCUCGCCUCGUCUGGAAGUGCAGUCAUACUUG